CAUCCUUUCGCGCCACCAUGCCCAUCGCCACUCAACAACAACCUAAGUCGACCAUCGACAGCCUCAAGUCGGCGCUCAAGGAGACGGUCAUAUCUGAUACCUCCUCCGCGAUCACUUCGCAAGCCGCGGAUUCAUCCGAGCUGACCGACAAGUAUUCGAACUUUGCCGCUACUCCCGCCACGGGGACCGAGUUCCGAGCUUUCUCGACCGAUGGCAAGCCCACGUUGAGCAUCCGGGAGGUUUUGGAGGACGAACAGAAGUUGGCGCAGCUCGGCAAGCUUGUCUCGGAGCGCGGCGUCGUCUUCUUCCGUGACGCCGUCAUCUCCCCUGAAGAGCAGAUCUCCCUCGUCGACAAGCUGGGCAAAUUGGGUGGCAAACCCGCCGACAGCGGCCUGCACAUCCAUCCUCUCACGCUCGAGGGUGGAAAGUAUGGGGACGAGAUCUCGGUCAUCUCCAACGAGUUUGUCUUCGAUAGCAAGUUUGAGAGGCCCAAGAGGUUGAGGGUCAAGGGGGACACUCUUUGGCACUCGGAUGUUACUUUCGAGACCAAGCCUUCGGACUAUGCAACACUUCAGAUCAGGACUUUCCCGGCGGUGGGGGGUGAUACCUUGUGGGCUUCGGCUUACGAGGCAUACGAUCGACUCUCGCCUUACUACCAAAAGUUCCUCGAAGGUCUCACGGCUUUCCAUUCGGCGCCCUUCUUUGUCGAACAAGCCAAGAACAAGGGUGUACCCGUCCGCGAAAACAGAGGAUCGCCGGAUAAUAAGGGGCAGCACUUGACCAACUCGCACCCCGUCAUCAGGACCAACCCGGUCACUGGAUGGAAGGGUCUGUUCGUCAACCGCGGUUUCACCAAGAAGAUCAACGAGCUCAACCAGGACGAGUCGGACCAUUUGUUGGAGUUCUUGUUUGCUCACGUCGCAUCGAACCACGACCUUCAAGCCAGGUUCCGAUGGGAGCCCAACAACCUCGCCAUCUGGGACAACAGGAGCGCUUUCCACGCCGCCACUUACGAUCUCGGCGACGAUGUGCGUAUUGGAACCCGUUCCGUCUCGGUCGGCGAAAAGCCGUACUUCGACCCCGAGUCCAAGAGUAGGCGGGAGGAUCUGGAUUCGAGGAACAAGGUUUAGAUUCGAGCUUAGGCGAUAUGUGAUCAAAUCGAAGUUGUAUAAAAUGAAAUUAGAC